AGCGGUUUCAUUUCUGGCCACCUCACGCCACUAUGGGUGACUGCCAGACCAAGGAGCAGGUCACGGAGAGGCUGGAAGCCGAAGAGGAACAGCUGAAGCGGGACUUCGAGUUGUCCCUCGAAGCUUUGAAGGAGUGCGACCAGCUGACGCGGGUGCCGCAUCUGCUCAUCGAGAUCCGGUCCCUAGGCUUUGUGGAGAUUCAGGGGAAGGAUACCGGGGGCAUCUACCAGAAGCUGGACAGCUGGCUGAAACAGCACUGGCGUGCCACGGAGAAGACCCAGGAUCUCAUACUGAAGUGUGCGGAGGAGCAGACUUGCGGAUGCUGCGGCUUUGCGCCGGAGUUCGCGGUGGGGACACUGGAGCCGCACCAUGCGCUCUGUGACAAGAGCUACACCUUGGGGGAGAUGUCCGCUGAUGGCAAGGUCUUGUCCAACCACACCUACAAGAACCGUGGCAGCGAAGGGGAGAACAACAUGGGCAAGCUGACGAUGCAAUUGGCCCAGUUCCUGACCAACGAAUGCGGCUGGACCCUGCAGGUGUGCGACUCCGGCAAUCUCGGCUGGCAGGGCGAAAUCCGUGAGCAGCAGAUGAAGUUCAAGGCGCCCCACCCAUUGAACCUCAUCGCGCCUCUGGUCAUGAUUGAGCUGCGGCAGGUGGGCUACAUCGAGAUCAACGGCCAAGACCAGGACGGCAUCUACGGCAAGCUCGGGAACUUCUGCCGAACCAUGUGGCAGGCCACUCAGACCCAGGCGGAUCGUGACUACUGCGACCUGAAGUUCAAGACCUCGGCCUUCAAGGGCCGAGGGUCCGAAGGUGAGAACAACAUGGGCCAGCGGACCAUGGAGCUCGUGGAUUUCAUGGUGAAGCAAUGUCAGUGGACCAUGGUCACCUGCAACACAGGGAAUUUCGGGCGCCGGGGCGACAAGAGGGAGCAGCAGCUCAUCUUCCGCAACGACGAGUUUGUGCAGCACGGCGUGGACCACAUCAUGAUCGAGCUGCGCACGGCUGGGUACAUCGAAAUCAACGGCUUGCACGACGCGAAAGAUCUACAGCCAGAGUUGAUCAACUUCAUGGUGCAGCAGUGGCGCUGCAAGGAGUACACAAAGUACAUGUGGGAAAGCUCGGAGAACUUCUGCGAUUUGAAGUACACGGCCCCCGACGGCCUCUUCACGCGCGAGGGAUUGACCAACAACCUGGGCAAGCGCACCAUCGAGCUCGCGGAUUUCCUGGCGCAGCACGGGUGGGCGCUCCUGCUCUGCAACGGCGGGAGCGUGACGCCCAACCCAAGCCACUCGCCCAACAACAUCAUCCGGGAGCAGCAGGUGAAGUUCACCCGGACCACCCCGGAGAAGGCCAAAGCCCCCCUGCUGAUGAUCGAGCUCCGCACGGUGCCCUACAGCGACGGGCCCCCGGCCUGGUACGGCUACAUCGAAAUUUGCGGGAAGGACACCAACGGAGUUCAUGGUCACCUCGACCGCUUCAUCACGCAUUACAUGCACGGCAAUUGCAUCGGCCGGGGGAAUGUGGGGCACUGUGACGUGAUGUAUUCGACCACCAAGUUCCGCAAGAAGCCGAGCAGCAACAACGAAAACGGCCGCUAUGGCGGCUACAUGAAUGGAGAGAGCAAUAUCGGCAAGUGGACCAUGCGGCUUUGCGACUUCAUGGUUGACCACCUGGGCGAGUGGGACUUGAUCGUGUGCAACAGCGACAACUUGGACAGAUCCUUCCAGCAUGGCUCUGGCGACAACAAGUACUUUAACAGUGUCACGGCGCGAGAGAUGCAGCUGGUUUUCCGCCACAAGGCGGGCGGCCGGGGUGUGUUCAUGUCCGCCAGCAACGUCGAGCCACUGGGGCGGCCGCCGCUGCAGCCGCCGCCCUAUUGGAAGGACGCGGGCUGCAAAGAUGGGACGGUGGGGCACAAGCUGGUGCCCGGCACUCCGGAGGAGCUUACCUGGAUGCAGGAGAUCCUGGACGGCACCUUCAAGAACAAGGUGACCCGGGACCGCAAGGACGGCCAGCCCCUGGCGGACCGCUUUGUGGCAGUCCAGUGCGUGCGCAGCGAGCACCCGGGGCUCUGGGACCGUUUCGCUGAGAGGCGCGGCCUGGUGGCGGAGGCUGGCCGCUCCUCCAGCGACUUUGUGGAGCCAAAGACCAUGGCGGCGGCGCCGGGCUUGGCGCGGCGGUGCGUGCACGCCUCUGUGGGGAACCCGGCCAACCAGGCCUACCUGCUGCAUGGCACCAAUCCGACCUCGGCAGUUGCCAUUUUGCAAAACUCCUUCACCGUGGACUUUGCGGGCAAGAGCGCUGGCACCAUGUUUGGACCUGGCGUCUACCUAGCAGAGAGCUCGACCAAGGCAGAUGAAUAUGCUCGGGACGAUGCGGGCGGCGAGUACGAUGGCCUGUAUGCCUUGCUGGUGUGCAAGGCGGUGUUGGGACGCUCCUAUGUGACGGAAAAAGCCGGUGACUUCCGGGAUCAGGUCCUGUCCGGGGAGUACGGGCACGUGCUGGGCGACCGCGAGAAGGCUGUGGGCACCUUCCGGGAGUUCAUCUUCUUCCACGAGGCGUCCAUCUACCCGGAGUUCGCCGUCUUCUACCGGCGUGAGAAGGACGGCAAGGUCAUGGCACGCCCAGAGAGGGAGCUGGCACCGGCGAUGAUGGAGAUGGAGGGUGAAGUGGCGAGCAUGUGAACUGGGCAAAUUUCCCGGGAAACUACCUCGAAAACGGGGGUACGAGCGAAGACCCAUGAGCCCUUGGAGAUGCCCGAUUUUCUGUCGGUGGAGAAGUUUGGUUUUGCCCAGAUGUGACGCUCGCGAGCUGCAGAACCCCUUGCACUUCUGCCUUUUGACACAGGGACGAUGGUUGCCCUGGGGGGCAAACAUCAUGUUCCUUUGGAAGCGGGUGACUCUUGUGUCAAGAGGAGCAGAGCAGACCUUUCUUGGUGCCCUGAUAUAUCAGGCGCCCGAACUGGUUAGGGCGAAGCAAGGCAUGCGCGGGCGCUGGCAAUUGCCACCCUCGCUUGCGCGCUUCUCCCCAAAUGCUUGUCAGGUCCCUUAAAGUGGCCCCGCAGCCUGAAGGGUUGUCAAGGUUUCGUUUCAGCGCGUCCCUUUGAACCAUUCAGGGAGUAAGUUUCAGGAUGUCACUUUAACGGACCGGUUGCCACACGGCAAUGUCUCUGCUUGCCUCAGCCCACAACUGUCCUCAGGAAUGGCUGGCAGCGGCUGGAGGUGUUUUUUUUCCGUUUGCCUUGGGCUCAUGCUAGAUGCGUCGAAGAAGUCGACGGGUCUGGCGUGCCCCUUGAGCUCAAGAUUGCGCCCGGAAGGCCGGUGGGUGUUUGAAUUGGCGCAAUUCGCUUGGGCUCGGCUGCGAGCCUGGACAUCUGAUAGGGCGCAUCUCUCA